AGCUAUCUCUCAGUCAUUCAGCCAAUGUCGGUGCGUUAGGUUCACAUUGUUGUGGAUAGUGGAAUUCGAUUUGUCAUCGGGUUCUUCGCAUAACCACCAGUGGCUUAAUCCAGAAAUUAAAAUAAAUAAAUAGAAUUAUAUAAACGCGAAGCCAAUACGUUGGCAUAUAUAUAUAUAUGUAUAGCCUCCUGCUGCGGGUGUAUUUGUAUAUGUGUGGAAUUCCCAUUGCAUUCCGGUUUUUCGAAUAACAUCCAACCAACAACAAUAACAGUGUCUAUAUAAACGUCUCUUUGUCACACCGAAGUACCGACAUCGAAAAACCCCAAAAUACAAUAAUAAACUCUUCAUAAAAAAAAUCUCUAAAUAAUUGAUGCACACCCACUUGCUUACGCAAAAGUGUGAUUUUAUUAGUGUGCUUAAUCGAUGAAAUAAAAAAACCUUUUUUCAAAGACCUAGGCUCAAACUGACUCUUUUCCCCAGCCGCAGAAUGCUUAAAAUAACAGAUCGCAUGUUGAUAUGGAUCCCAUUCCUUUUGGGUGCCAUAAUUCAGUGCUUGGCGGAGCCUCAAAACAGCCAAGUUCCUCUUCAACUAUCGGUGGGAAAUCCAUUAACUGCUUUCACAGCACCCACGGCUUUUCAGAGUGGAUCAAGCCAUGUCACUUCCGUUCGGAGCAACUUUGAUACGGAUGUCUUGAUCAGCAUCUCGCAAGGUGUCCAGGACUUUGCACUCGAUCUCCUGCAGCGCAUAUCCGUUGAAGUGGAGAAGGUCAACAAGGACUUCAUGAUAUCACCCUUCUCCGUUUGGUCACUCCUCGUGCUCCUUUAUGAAGGAUCCGAGGGUGAGACCUACAAUCAGUUACGUCAAGCGCUGCGGAUCAAUGUCGAGGAUGAAAAGCUACGUGGGGCCUACAAAGUGUGGAGCUCAUUCCUUAACACGACCACACCUACCAUCGAGGUGGCAACUCUGCAGGCCAUUUACACUGGCAAGGGUUAUCCCAUCCAAAAUAACUACAGGAAUGCUAUUCAGAACUACAAUGUCCAGCCCGUGGAAGUUGACUUCUAUAGCCCAGAUUCGGUGGUGCAGAUCAACGAGGCGACCAAUCGCACAACCCGUGGACUAAUUCCGUACACUAUUCUGCCACAGGAUAUUUUUGGAGCCAAGAUGUUUCUGCUAUCCUCGCUGUACUUCAAGGGCCAAUGGAAGUUUCCUUUCAACAAGACCCUGACGAGAGAUGAACUCUUUUACAGCGAAAGCGGCGAGGCUCUCGGCAAGAUACCCAUGAUGGUGCAAGAAGCAGAUUUCCCUUAUAUCCUGAACAUCGAGGGCUUGGAUGGCUAUGUUCUGGAACUGCCCUAUGGCGUCCAGGAUAGGUUAUCGAUGAUCGUGGUGUUGCCAAAACGCGGAUUUAAAUUAAACGACGUUGCCAACAAUUUGAAAAACAUAGGACUGUGGAAAAUCCUUAAAAAACUGUCCAACGAGGGCAACGAAGUGGAGGUUGUCAUGCCCAAGUUCGUGACUUCAACUGACUUUGCUCUUAAGGGUAUCCUCAACAAGAUGGGCAUUCGAGAUCUAUUUGACGAGAGUGCCGCCAACCUAAACCGAAUGUCUCCCGGAUUAUUUGCCAAGCUAAUCAUCCACUCUACAAAGAUAAUCGUCGACGAACAGGGCACCACGGCGGGAGCUGUCACGGAGGCUGCCCUGGUCAACAAGGCCACGCCACCCAGGUUCCUUUUGAACAGGCCAUUUCAAUACAUGAUCAUAGAAAAAGCAACCGGCCUGCUGCUGUUCGCCGGCCAAGUUCGGAACCCCAAGGUGAUAAUGGUCGGGGUUUCAAUUUUUUUCGGAGCCAUCGUGAUUUUUUUGGCACAUGGUGGAUAUGCCAAUAAGACGGAUUGCAAUGAGACUGCUACUACUCCGGUUUACAUUCCCGAUUGGAACGGCGUCAUAACGGGAACCCAAAAUUUUGCUUUCCGCGUUAUAGAGAAAUUGUCAAGAAGGAAUACUAAAAAAAGCAAUAACUACCUGAUGGCGCCGUACAGUCUUUGGCUCUCAUAUAUGAUGCUAUAUUACGAAUCGCAAGGAGAAACUCAAACGGAGUUAGGUGGCUUAUUGGGAGCCUUUAUCACUUUGAAUAUAACAAAUAUGGCUGAUUUCUACAACGAUAGGCGUGGACUUCUAAAUUCUACUUCUUCCGAAUUCGAGACAGCCUCCUUUCAGGGAUUUUUUAAGGCCAAGGAAUAUUCUUCCACAAGCAAAUAUAAUCUUGUGUACUUCUACGCCGAUUUGGGACCGUGGUCACUGGACACUUUUAGGUCAGAUAAUAACCAUAAUAUAGCUAGGGCUAUAAACCAAGAAAUACGGCGAUCAACUAAAGGUCAUAUAGAACCUGAUAUUAGUAGAAAAAAUUUAUUUGUGGAAAGACUCAUCCUGGUCUCUGCCUUUUACUUCAAGGCCAAGUGGCAGAUCGCGUUUGACAAGAGCCUGACGAAAUUGGAGGACUUUCACCACGAGACAAACAACAAGGAAACCUCAAAGAAGCACAUGAUGAACCAGAUCGGAGAUUUUGCGUAUGUCAAGGACUUAAGCGGAUUGAAUGGGGAUGUUCUGGAGCUUCCGUACGCCACAACAACCAUCAGCUUAACCGAAUCGGAUUACAUAUCCGAUGAGGUUCCCUACGGUACAAAAAACUUAAGUUUAGUGAUGCUCGCUUUUCUACCCAAUCACGGCUAUAGUAUCUUCGACAUUUCCGUCAAUCUCGGAAUUCUGGGACUGCCGUUAGUCCUAGAAAAGCUGGAUGGUUUUAGAAACACAGCCAAGAACAACCAAGUGGAGGUCAAGAUUCCCAAAUUCGAUCAACAAAAUGAUUAUACGCUUAUAGAUUUUACGGCAGAGAUAGGAGCCCCGAAUGCCAUCAAAGAAUCUACUGCAAAUUUUACCUUCCAAAACUCUGACAUUCUUAAGCCUUUCCUCUCGUCUUUCUACCACUAUGUCCGUUUCGCCGUAGACGAAGAAGGCGAGCCUGGAACAGUUCCGAAGCAUUCAAAGGACAACAAGGGUACAGUCAAGUUUCACUUAAACCGACCCUUCCUGUAUAUGGUCGUGGAAAAAGGAAUGGGCUUUCGAAAAAGUGAAAAACUAAAUAAAAUUGUGAUCAGUAGAGAAAGACAGAUUAUGUUCCGAUUUCCACUGCUAUUCGGCACCAUUGUCCUUUUUUCGGUUUUACGAUGCAACAAUGCCAAUAAUAUGAUGGACACCACUUCGAAGGGAGUGCACGAUUUUUCCCUUGACCUUCUGCAACACAUAUCCGUCGAUCCGCAAAAUUCGAACAAGAACUUUAUGAUAUCGCCGUACUCUGUGUGGUCUCUCCUGGUCCUUCUCUACGAUGGAUCGUCGGGCGAAACCUACAACCAGCUGCGUCAGACCCUGCGUAUCAGUGUCGAUGAUCAAACACUAAGCGGGUUCCUCAAGGCGAAGAACCAAUUUCUCAACACCAAAUCCUCGGGAGUCGACAUCGGUUCCCUUCAGGCUAUUUACACCGACAUUAAAUAUCCUAUCAUGAGAAGUUACUGGACAGCCAUUCAGAAUUAUAACGUUAAGCCCGUAGAAGUAAAUUUCAACGACCUGAGUACGGGGAGUCGAAUAAAUCAGGACAUUAGUCGCAGCACAAGAGGUCUUAUAAAAAACUCCGUACAGCAACGAGAUUUGCUUAACGCUAGGAUGUUUUUGCUUUCUUCUCUCUACUUCAAGGGUCAAUGGACGAUACCAUUUAAUAAAGAAAUAACACGAGAUUACCCUUUUCACAACGAGAACGAUGAGGUUAUCGCUCAGGUGCCGAUGAUGGCGCAGGAAGGAAAUUUCGCCGCUGUCCCCCAGGCAAAGGGGCUGGGUGCCCAUGUUAUACAGAUGACCUACGGCUCCCUCGAGUGGAUUUCAAUGAUUGUUAUUGUCCCUGAACAAAAAGUUACACUAAAUGCUGUAAUUAAUAAUCUUAAGACCGUGGGAUUGCACUCCAUUCUUAAACAGUUGGCCGACUACAAAACGCAUUCCCCGGAUGCAUCGAUUAAUGUCAUAAUGCCAAAGUUUGAAACGUCUACGGACCUUUCACUCAAGGAAGUCCUCACUCAGAUGGGCAUCAGGGACCUUUUUGAUGAGAAAACCGCCAAUCUGGACCGCAUGGCUAAAGGAUUAUUCGCCUCACUCUGCAAACAUUCCUCAAAGAUCACUGUUGAUGAGGAAGGAACCACGGCCGCAGCAGUCACAGUGGCUGAGCUGAGCAGCAGAUUUGCUCCCGCUACACUCCGCGUGAACAAACCUUUCCUGUACUUAAUUGUCGAAAAGGAAAGUGGAUUGCUACUUUUCGCUGGCCAAGUUCGGAACCCUAAGGCAGCUUAGCGUUCCUUGAUUGCCUUUAUUAACAUCUUUAUUUCUUGGUACGACCCGUGGCUUUUUUGCCACCCACGGGCUGCUGUUUGUCUUUACCGGCCUUGCUGGAAAUGAGGGGGUGUGUUUCUGUAAUAAAGAGUUUAUGAUUCAAAUGCCAA